AUGGAGACGACGACAUCGCUGUCACAUGACUGGUCAUCUCUCCCGGUGAAGGUACUGGUCCGGAUCCUAGAUCAUCUGCGGUGGUCGAGCCACCCGAGCUUCGGAUUGGUGUGCCGGCAAUGGCAAUCUGCCCGUGCCCGGGCGCCCUUCUACCCGGCAUGGAUCUCCCCUCUGCUCCUCAACACCACCAGCGACGGAACCACUAACGUGCGGUACUACAGCCCCUACUAUCACAAGAACUUCAAGACCGCCUGCACGCUCAAUAUUCCUGACGCCAGGAUCAUCGGCGCCACCGCGCAACAUCUGACGCUCUGCCGGGAGCACUUAAUCCUAGACGCCCAACUUCUCUCCGGCGACGUCCUCGAACUACCAAAGCACGACCGGCCCACGUUCGACUCCGUCGUCUACGACGGUGUCCGCACCAUGUUCGGCGUCCACUCGCGGUAUGGCUGGCACGAAGUCGGCCGUUCCAUCCGAAACAACGAAAUCGACGUGUGGGGGGAGUGGAGCUACACGAGCUCUGAUUGCGACGGACCAUGCUCUUGGGCAUCGCAGGACUGCAGUAACCCGGUUCUCAAUGACGGAUUCCUCUACCUGUUGAAUAGGGACGGCGCAUUAGCAGUGUACGACGAGAGAAAACACGAUGAAGGAUUCAACAUUCUCGAGAAGCCUGGACGUUUUACAUUCGAGCACGAUGACAGCUACUUGGUCAAGUCCGACCAUGGCGAGCUGAUGGCCGUCCUUAUCGGACGUCGUGGGACACCAGUCAACAUUGUCAAACUGAACAAGCACACCAUGGAGUGGGAGAAGAUACAAGACCUAGAGGGGAGGACAUUGUUUACCGGCACAUUGACGACGACGAUGAAGAAGACUAACAUCAAGUGGAUGCAGAACAAGGUUUUCCUUCCGAGAUUGUACGAUUGGCCUGACACCGUCCAUGUUGACCUUGUUCAGCGUGAAGGUGAAGUUGCCUUUGUUCCAAAGUCAGGACGUGCAGAUACCACGGAGAAACAAAACAAUUAUGGAACAAACAUAUGGUCUUACAAAUUGGGACAAAGUCAAGAGCCACGGGAGUUUUGGGGAAGUGAGAAACUGGACCAUAGCAUUUGGGUCGAUUUUAGUAACAAAUGA